GUGACCAACCAACCCCACCCCCCAAUUCUUCCCCCAAUCAUUCGUGCACUCCCUGGAGACUUCUGAAGCCAAGGAAAACCCUAGCCCUUCAUCGCCGCCGCCGUCCCCGGGUCCUCAGCGCCGCCGCUGCUUCCUCUUCCCCGUGUCGUUUUCAUCUUCGCUGGCACGUCGUUUUCAUCUUCCUCUUCCCCAGGUAGCUCGGCACGUCGUUUUCAUCUUCGCUGGCUUCUCGGCACGGAACCCAGUCUGCAAUCUGAGUCUGCAUUUCUGCAUUCAACUUCUUCAGAAGAGAAGAGGAUGGUUCUGUCUCAGAAGAUUCACGAAGCUUUCAAGGGCACAGUAGAGAGGAUCACGAGCGCUCGAACCGUCUCAGCCUUCAAAGAGAAAGGAGUUCUCAGUGUCUCCGAGUUCGUCACCGCCGGCGACAAUCUCGUUGCCAAAUGCCCCACUUGGUCCUGGGAAUCUGGUGAGCCAAGCAAAAGGAAGCCAUAUUUGCCAGCGGAUAAACAAUUCUUAAUUACUAGGAAUGUGCCUUGUUUGCGGAGAGCUGCAUCUGUUGAAGAAGAAUACGAAGCGGCUGGAGGAGAAGUUCUACUUGAUGAUGAAGAAAAUGAUGGCUGGCUAGCAACUCAUGGAAAACCUAAAGAAACCAAAUCCGACGAGGAAGAGGAUUUACCUUCCAUGGAAAGCCUAGAAAUCAGCAAAAAGGGACCUAUUAAGCAAAUUUCAUCCUACAUGGGAGGUGAUGAGGAAGAUGAUAUUCCGGAUAUGGCUGAGUUUGAAGAAACUGAUAACAUUGUUACAGAUCCUUCUACAUAUCUAGUGGCUCAUGAACCUGAUGAUGAUAAUAUUCUACGAACCCGAACUUACGACGUUAGUAUCACGUAUGAUAAAUAUUAUCAAACACCUCGAGUAUGGCUUACCGGGUAUGAUGAGUCAAGGAUGCUUUUGCAACAAGAACUUGUCCUUGAAGAUGUUAGUCAGGACCAUGCUCGCAAAACGGUAACAAUUGAGGACCACCCUCACUUGCCUGGUAAGCAUGCAUCUAUUCAUCCAUGUCGACAUGGAGCAGUGAUGAAGAAAAUCAUUGAUGUGUUGAUGUCACGUGGGGUUGAGCCAGAAGUUGACAAGUACCUGUUCUUAUUCUUAAAGUUUAUGGCCUCUGUAAUUCCAACUAUUGAGUAUGAUUACACAAUGGACUUUGAUCUUGGUAGCUCCAACAACAACUGACUAAGAUGGUAGUAGCACAUUCAAGUAUAAUUGGGGAAUAUACUCCAUUGUUGAUCUCCCAUUGGAUCCAAUGCAGAAACACUCAGUCCUUUUAUCUUGUUUUGUUGGUUUGUUGCGCAUGUAUUCAAAUUGCGUAUAAACCUUGCUGUUGUUGCCAAGUGUACAUGUCAUGUAAAUUACAGCCACGUUAGUGUGGUUUGGUUACUGUCUUUGUACAUAUAUAGCUAACUCUAUGUCACUCUCUAUAAUGAAAUAUAUGGCAGCCAAUGCUUAUCGUUA